AUGGCGUCUGGAAACACAGCAGCAACCGGUAUCAACAGCAUUGCAACAUCGACGUCGGCGACAACAACUGAACUGUUCACAAAUAAUAAUGGUUAUGGUGGCAAUAGUGGAUCCAGUGGCAACAACGAUGUGUCCCUAGCUGGGAUGUUUAGGACUGUUUCUAUGAUAAUUCAUGAACGGAGGUUUAGCUUGGUAGAGCAGUACAAUGGUAAGACUGGGGCUGAUUAUAUCAUUGCCGUUCUUGGUGGGGUGUCCUUGACACUUUGUGGGAAAGAAUGUGCCGGAAGGGGAGACAACUGCCUAUCAUUCGUCUACAAGAGGAUAGAGCGGCUGUGCUACCUUCACGAGAAGGAGUUAGGGAGCCUGACAAUGGAGCAUGUGCUUGGAGCAAAAGCGUACAUGGUCGCAGGUCAGGCAGAAUUUUCAACAGCUGCUGAUUAUACAACUUCAACAGCGUCAAGCGACGAUACAACCCAAUCAUCGUCGGUUGCAUACGACACAUCCCAACCAUCAACGGUAGCAGACGACACAAUCAAACCCUCAACGUUAGCAGACGAUACAACCCAAUCAUCAACGGUAGAAGACGAUACCACCCAAUCAUCGACGGUAGCAGACGACACAACGGAUUCAACGACUGCAGCAGACGACACAACGGAUUCAGCGACUGCAGCAGAUGACACAACGGAUUCAGCAACUGCAGCAGACGACACAACGGUUUCAGCGACUGCAGUAGACGACACUACGGAUUCAGCGACUGCAGCAGACGACACAACGGAUUCAGCGACUAUAGCAGACGAAACAACGGAUUCAGCCACUACAGCAGACGACACAACGGAUUCAGCGACUACAGCAGACGACACAACGGAUUCAGCGACUACAGCAGACGUCACAUCGGAUUCAGCAACUGCAGCAGAUGACACAACGGUUUCAGCGACUGCAGCAGACGACACAACAGAUUCAGCGACUGCAUCAGACAACACAACGGAUAUAGCGACUAAAGCAGACGACACAAUGGAUUCAGCGACUACAGCAGAAGACACAACAUAUUCAACGACUACAGCAGACGACACAACCGAUUCAGCGACUGCUGCAGACGACAUAACGGUUUCAGCGACUGCAGCAGACAACACAACGGAUUCAGCGACUGCAGCAGACGACACAACGGAUUCAGCAACUGCAGCAGACGACACAACGAUUUCAGCGACUGCAGCAAACGACACAACGGAUUCAGUGACUACAGCAGACGACACAACGGAUUCAGCGACUACAGCAGACGAAACAACGGUUUCGGCGACUGCUUCACACGACACAACGGAUUCGGCGACCACAGCAGACGACACAACGGAUUCAGCAACUGCGGCAGACGACACUACAGUUUCAGCGACUGAAGCAGACGACACAACGGAUUUAGCGACUGCAGGAGACGACACAACGUUUUCAGCGACUGCAGCAGACGACACAACGGAUUCAGCAACUGCAGCAGACGACACAACGGAUUCAGCGACUACAGCAGACGACACAACGGAUUCAGCGACUACAGCAGACGACACAACGGAUUCAGCGACUACACCAGACGACACAACGGAUUCAGCGACUGCAGGAGACGACACAACGGUUUCAGCGACUGCUUCACACGACACAACGGAUUCGGCGACUACAGCAGACGACACAACGGAUUCAGCAACUGCAGCAGACUACACAACGGUUUCAGCGACUGAAGCAGACGACACAACGGAUUUAGCGACUGCAGCAGACGACACAACGUUUUCAGCGACUGCAGCAGACGACACAACGGAUUCAGCAACUGCAGCAGACGACACAACGGAUUCAGCGACUGCAUCAGACGACACAACGGAUUCAGCGAUUACAGCAGACGAGACAACGGAUUCAGCGACUACAGCAGACGACACAACGUUUUCAGCGACUGCAGCAGACGACACAACGGAUUCAGCAACUGCAGCAGACGACACAACGGAUUCAGCGACUGCAUCAGACGACACAACGGAUUCAGCGACUACAGCAGACGAGACAACGGAUUCAGCGACUACAGCAGACGACACAACGGAUUCAGCGACUGCAGGAGACGACACAACGGUUUCAGCGACUGCUUCAGACGACACAACGGAUUCGGCGACUGAAACAGACGACACAACGGUUUCAGCGACUGCAGCAGACGACACAACGGUUUCAGCGACUGCAGCAGACGACACAACGGAUUCAGCGACUGCAGGAGACGACACAACGGUUUCAGCGACUGCUUCACACGACACAACGGAUUCGGCGACUACAGCAGACGACACAACGGAUUCAGCAACUGCAGCAGACUACACAACGGUUUCAGCGACUGAAGCAGACGACACAACGGAUUUAGCGACUGCAGCAGACGACACAACGUUUUCAGCGACUGCAGCAGACGACACAACGGAUUCAGCAACUGCAGCAGACGACACAACGGAUUCAGCGACUGCAUCAGACGACACAACGGAUUCAGCGAUUACAGCAGACGAGACAACGGAUUCAGCGACUACAGCAGACGACACAACGUUUUCAGCGACUGCAGCAGACGACACAACGGAUUCAGCAACUGCAGCAGACGACACAACGGAUUCAGCGACUGCAUCAGACGACACAACGGAUUCAGCGACUACAGCAGACGAGACAACGGAUUCAGCGACUACAGCAGACGACACAACGGAUUCAGCGACUGCAGGAGACGACACAACGGUUUCAGCGACUGCUUCAGACGACACAACGGAUUCGGCGACUGAAACAGACGACACAACGGUUUCAGCGACUGCAGCAGACGACACAACGGUUUCAGCGACUGCAGCAGACGACACAACGGAUUUAGCGACUGCGGGAGACGACACAACGGAUUCAGCAACUGCAACAGACGACACAACGGUUUCAGCGACAGCAGCAGACGACACAGCGGAUUCAGCAACUGCAACAGACGACACAACGGUUUCAGCGACUGCUUUAGACGACACAACGGAUUCAGCAACUGCAACAGACGACACAACGGUUUCAGCGACUGCAGCAGACUACACAGCGGAUUCAGCGGCUGCAGGAGACGACACAACGGAUUCAUAUGAAGGUUCAAAAGAGUUGGCAACCGAUGUGCCUUCAGAUUGUACGACACUUGACAAUGAAAGCAGCGAAUGCCUGAACAAUACAAGUGGUGAGGCUGAUGGUAGCGGCGAUUAGGACAAAUAGUGAAACAAAGAACCCCAAAAGAUCUGAUGUGGAAAGUAAAAUUUCAAACUAAUGUUGACGUUGUUCCCAACGUAUUCCCAGGAAAUAUCUGGAAAUGAUAUCAUCUGGAAAUGUUGAGUGUUUUAGAAAGAAGACUGUAUUCACGAGGAAAAUAUAUCCCAUAUAUAAGAUGUCAUUAGCA